AGAGAGAAUUCUUCGGCAACGUUCUCCGUCGUUCUCUGCCCUCCAUCGUCGACGCCGGUGCUGUUUCUUUCCGCGUGAUUCUCGAAGGGCUUUGGUGUGCCAUUGUUUCAUACUUGUGUCAGUUUUCAAUGGCAUCUUCUAAGAGGUCGAAUGAUAGGAAUGCAGUGGAACCAAAUGGGAAAGGGAAACGCCAAAAGCCUUCAGGUGGUUUUUCACCGUUGGAUGUUUCUCCUGGUAGCCUUGUAUUCCGUUUGCUCUGUCCUGUUUCUAGAAUUGGUGGUGUUAUUGGUAAAGGCGGUGCAAUCAUAUCACAAAUUCGUCAAGAUACUGGUGUGAAGGUUAAGAUUGAGGAACCUGUUCCUGGGUGUGAUGAAAGGGUUAUCACUAUCUCAGGUUCUGAUAAAGAGGCCGAAGAAGAUGCUGCUGAGCAGGGAAGGGAGGUUAAUGAUGAAGAGGCUGGAAGCGAGGGGAAGGAUGAGGAAGCGAAUGAUCGUGGUGGUGGCGAUGGUAAUGAAGAUAAAGAUUCUGUUCCUCCUGUUGAAGACUCACGGUGUGAGAAGGGAAAUUCGUCGAUUCGGAAGGCUAUAUCACUAGUUUUUGAGAGGAUGGUUGAGGGAGUAGAGGAGGCAACUGAAGGGGAUGAAGAAAGUAAUAAUAAACCUUCUUCCUUUGUUCUUAGAUUACUUGUUCUUUCUAAUCAAGUUGGCUGCCUUUUGGGAAAGGGUGGCAGUGUGAUAAAGAAGAUGUCAGCUGACAGUGGAGCGCAGAUUCGUAUCCUCCCUAGAGACAAACUUCCCGUGUGCGCAUCAGCUUCUGAUGAGAUAGUUCAGAUCACAGGGGGUGUAGAAGUUGUCCGGAAGGCUCUUCAAUCUGUCUCUCAACAGCUUUUGGAAAAUCCGCCUCGGGAUCCUGAAUCCCUUUCUGCCCAUUUUUCUGGGCCGUCAUCUCAUUCAUUUGGUCAAUUCCCACCACACAACCGUUCAUUUGCUGCCCAAGGAGCAUCUCUUGCUCCUGGGCCCCAUGACAUUUCUGUUUUUCAUUCUGCUCCUCCUUUGAUUCCCAUUCCUAAAUUUCAUGAAGGUGCCAUCCGUGGUCGCAUGAGGCCUUCCCAGGAAAUGCUUACUUUUCGUUUAUUGUGUCCUUCUGAGAGGGUAGGGAAUCUAAUUGGUAAAGGUGGGGCAAUCAUAAAGACCGUGCAGCAAGAGACAGCUAGUGAAAUCAAAGUUCUAGAAGGCACUCCGGAUUCAGAGGACUGUGUUAUUGUCAUAUCUGGUCCAGCGCACCCAGAUGAUAGGAUAUCUCCUGUGCAAGAUGCUGUAUUUCGUGUGCUAACUAGAAUAGCCAAAGCAAUACCUGAUAUCAAAGAGCAUAGUAUGUUAGCAAGGUUUCUUGUUUCUUCCAAUCAAACCGGUUGUCUCCUUGGCAAGGGUGGUUCCAUCAUAACAGAAAUGAGGAAGUUAUCGGGGGCUCAUAUUCGUAUAUUAGCAAAGGAUAAGGUUCCAAAAUAUGCUUCAGAAGAUGAAGAAGUAAUUCAGGUAAGUGGAGAAAUUGAGGCAGUGCAUGAUGCUCUUUUGCAAAUAACCACUAGAUUAAAACAUCAUUUCUUUCGUGAUGCAUAUCCAUCUAUCAAUUAUCCUUCAAAUUCUCCAUUUCUGGAUCAACUUCCACCAUUCCCACCUUAUUUAGGAAGACGGGGACUUUCACCUCCUGGAAUGUAUUCUGACCUAGGUCCUCUGCCACCACAUGGUGGUUUUCCACUUGAUGACCGCCCUCCUUUUGUGAAUAAUAUACAUAGACCAGGCAUUCCUCCCCACAUAUCUGAAAGGAAGCCUUGGGGUCCUCAGGGGUUACAUGAAGGUGGUGCACCCGUUGGCUUGCCAGACUUUCCAGGUGGUCCUCCUAGAAGAAUUUCAGGAUUUGCCGGGGGGAGCCAACCAAUUAUCACAAGUACCACUGUUGAAGUUGUUGUUCCUCGAGCGCUGGUGCCUGUAAUAUAUGGAGAAGAUGGUGAAUGCCUGAAACAAAUACUUCAGAUCUCUGAUGCAAAUAUUACUAUUACUGAUCCAAAGCCUGGAGCUGUGGAAACUAAAAUCAUAAUAUCUGGAACCCCUGAGCAAACUCAUGCUGCACAAAGUCUUAUUCAGGCAUUUGUCAUGAGUGAGAGGGAGUCUGGUUGAUCUCUCUAUUUGG